AUGCAACCUACUCUUGGACCUUCAAGGGAUGAACCAAGAGUGUUCGGGCUUGACAAGUUUAAUGUCGACAACUUUGCUGAAUGGUCCUUCAGAAUGGAGAACGUGUUUGGCCUUUAUGACCUGUUGGAGGUGAUGGAAGGAACGGAUAAGCGUCCCGAGAACGACCCGGAGAAGAGCUCGUGGGUGUCUAAGAGCGCACAAGGCUAUCUACUACUUGGGCAAGCAUUGAGGAGCAGCCAAAUCCAUCACAUCAAGCCUUUCCAGCGUGAACCAGAGAAGGGACCUAAAGCAUGGGCUGCUCUCAAGGGUUUGGCGAAUGCGGAUGGCGCUAGGGCAGCAAGCAUCGGCCGUGGAUAUGGCCGAGGAAGAGGCAGAGGACGAGGGGGAGGAAGGUUUGGAGGCAGCAACUUCAGUGGAGGCCGCAAAAGUGGAGGUUACGGCAGCGACGUCAAGAGCUACAGUCGCGGAAGCGGACGAUUUGAUGGCGAAUGCCACAAUUGCCACAAGAGCAGACACAUGUGGCGCGAUUCCUACAAACUCCUAGAUGGUUGGAUCCCUGCUCAAGGCCAAGAGGGUAGAGGAGCAGGUGGAGGGAGAGGAAGAGGCCGUGGAGGCCGUGGCGGUCGCGGAGGUGGUGCUGCAAACAUGAAGAACGAAAAAAACUACAAGGACUCGAGGGACGAUCGGUACCCGGGUCAAUUCUACUUCGUGUCGACGCAAGUACCGGCUGGUCCAGAGAAGGAUGAAGGCUUUGAGGAGCCAGCUGCCGUGGGGAAGCGAGCAGAGGUGAAAGGCAUGGGCAAGGCCAUGUUUAAGGGUGCUGAAGGAAAGAUGGUUGGCCUCAAGAACGUGCUUUGGGUGCCCAGCCUUGCCGAGAACCUGAUUUCCGUGCGGCGAUUGGCAAAGGCUGGUAUGGACACGAACUCGAAGGGAGACAAGACCUACACCGCGAGGAUUGGCGACCGGAUUCUUUGGGACCUUCACGAGGACAAGGACUUCUACAACGAGAUGUGGCAGAUCCCUGUGGUCCCCAUGCCUAAGGAGAGGCAAGUGGCAGUAAGUGUCAACACCAAGGGUGAUGCGAUUGGUAGAGGUGAUGGCGCGAACGGUUGCGUCAAAGAGAACGAGUCCAAGAAGUGCAAUCUUGGAGGGACCAGCAAGCUCGGUGAACAUAAGGAGAGUGGUGCAGCAGCCAAGGAGCAGCACAAGGGUGAAGAGAACCCCGAGGCAGCAACGGAGGAGGACUACAGAGAGAGUAUGUGGGGCGCUAUUGCAAGCGCGGCAUUCUCCCAUCCUACUUCGGCUACAGGGGAGUGUGAUUACCUGUCUUGCAGCAGCUAG